AUGCUGAAAUCACUAUUCCAUACCGGAUUCGUCGUCAAAGACCUGGACGCCGCCGUCAGUUUCUACUCUGACGUCAUGGGCCUCACCCUCACCGGCCGUACCGAACGUACCGGAGAAUUUCCCAGCACGCUGCUCGGCUUCCCCAACACUCAUAUACGCGGCGCGUUUCUCGAUAUGGGCGAAGGCCACCAGCUGGAACUCAUCCAGUACAUCAACCCGGUUGGCGGCGUGGCCGAAUUCGACAAAAACAACGUCCGCGCCACUCAUCUGGCGUUCUUCGUGGAAGAUAUUGACCGCUUCUACGCCGACACCCGCGAGCGGGGCGUGGACUACGGCACGCCGCCGGUGGCCAUGCACGACGAGAGCGGCAAGCUGCUCCGCAAGGCCCUCUACUGCCAGGACCCUGACGGCAACUGGCUGGAACUGGUGGAGCUGUACUGA